GUGACCCACAUUGGAAGGCCUGUCCGGCCUGGCAGCCCAUGGUGGGAGCCAUCUAGCCUACGACCUAUACCAGGGAGCCCCAUUGGGGGUCCAUCUGGCCUGGUGAGCUAGACCAGGGCGCCUGUCUGGCCUGCGUGCCCACACUGGGAAAAGACCUCGGCCCCAGCCCCCUGGGAUGCCGCCGCCUAGGAGAGUUCCCAGAGUCCCCCCGACGGCCGUGGCUCCCUCCCCACCCCCGUGGCCGUGCCGUGAGGAGGGCCCCCAGCCAGUGGCCGGGUGUCUUUCUCUGCUUCGCCCCCUCCCUAGGUUCCAUGGCAGCCAGCGUGCUCACGGUGGGCGCCCCGGGCGCCAUCAGCCACGUGCCAGGCAGCGUGCCCCCCCAGGGCCUGCUGGGGCUUGGCAGUAUCGGGCCCCACGGAGCCAGUAUGAGCCAGUACCCCAUGGGGGGCCAGCAGGACCAGCCCCAGCUCUACCCGGCACCCUCCCAGCCGCCAUUCACCCUGGCCCAGGGCCCACAUCAGUGCCCCCCUGCCGGAAUGUACAGCGUCUCCUUCGGGGCGCAGCCUACGUUCCCCCAGCCUCGCCUCCCUGCGCACUCGGCCCAGGAGCUGCACCCCAAGCACUACCCCAAGCCCAUCUACUCCUACAGCUGCCUGAUCGCAAUGGCCUUGAAAAACAGCAAGACGGGCAGUCUCCCGGUCAGCGAGAUCUACAGCUUCAUGAAAGAGCACUUCCCCUACUUCAAGACGGCCCCCGAUGGCUGGAAGAACUCGGUCCGACACAACCUGUCCCUGAACAAAUGCUUCGAGAAGGUGGAGAACAAGAGCAGCGGCUCUUCGCGCAAGGGCUGCCUCUGGGCCCUCAACCUGGCGCGCAUCGACAAGAUGGAGGAGGAGAUGCACAAGUGGAAGAGGAAGGACCUGGCCGCCAUUCACCGCAGCAUGGCCAACCCGGACGAGCUGGACAAGCUGAUCAGCGACCGGCCGGAGAGCUGCCGCCGCCUCGGGGAGCCCGGGGAGCCCGACGCGCCGGGGCUGGGCCGAGUGGUGGCGGCCGCGCCGGGCCGGCUGGCCGCCUCGCGCCUCCCGCCGCAGCCCGUGAUGACCCUGUCGCUCCAGUCUCUCCCCCUGCAGCACCAGCUGCAGCCUCGCCUGGGCCUGGCCCCCGGGUCCCCGGCGCCGGCCCAGACCCCGCCGCUGCACGCCCUGCCCGACGUGAGCUGCAGCCCCCUCCCCACCCACCACGCCGUGAGCAGGGCUCCCGUGGACUUCCUGAGCGUCGUGGGCGACGUGAGCGCGGAGGUGGACGCUCUGGACCCCAGCAUCGUGGACUUUGCCCUGCAGGGGAACCUUUGGGACGACAUGAAGGACGACAGCUUCAGCUUGGACACCCUCGGGGCCUUCAGCAACUCCCCCCUGCAGCUGUCAGACUGUGACCUGGGCGCGUCGGGGCUCACCCCCGUCUCCAGCGGCAGUGACCAGUCCUUCUCGGACUUGCAGGUCACCAGCCUGUACACCGCCUACGCAGCCGCGGGGGACGGCGCCCCUUCCUCCUCUGCCCAGUACCUGGGCGCCCCAGGCAAUAAGCCCAUUGCCCUGCUCUGAACGCCCAUGGCUCUUGGCCUUGGUGGGCACGGGGGGGCCUGGCCUUGGAGGUGGAAUGGGGGGAGGUCUGGCGCUUGGAGGAAAUGCCGGGUCAGGAGCUCUGCUUUGCUGGAGCCCACCAGCCCAGUCCCUGCCCACGGGCAGACCCCCAGCCCCAGGGGCCUCUCCUGCUGCUCACAUGGCCCUUAGGAAGAU